GGAACCUCGGACGAGCUGCGAGGCGAGGCAGUCAGUCGCUCUCAGCUACGACAUGCAUAACGCAUGAGAGCCAACAAGAUAUCUUUCUCUCCCGUAUUAUUAUUAUAUAUUAUUAUUAUUUCUUUUUUAUCUCUCUUUCUCUCUCGUUCGUGUCCUCGUGUGUACAGUCGCAGUCGUUGUCCCGCGAGCCGAGUUGAGUUGAGUAAAGUUAAGUAGUAAAGUUUUAUAGUUACACUUGAUAGUUUACUUGUACUACGGGUGUUUUACUCCAGUGUAAAAGAUAUUCGUCAAAGAGUUCAAGUCUUUUACUCGUGACUUUCGCGGACUCGCGUCAGCAUUGCCCUCAUAAUUGAUAUUUUUUUUGUCAUCGUCUUGACAGACGAAAAAUUCGUGCGACGGUCGAUUUUUUUUUUUUUACGUCAGAAAAUUUGAAAAUAUAUUUAACGAACGGUGGAUCAAGUGCGCCGAUAAAUUGGGAGUGAAUCCCCAUCAAUAUUUAUUGAUGAGUUGAUAAAUUUGUUCGGGACAAAAUUAAGUGAAUAACUCGACGAAUGUAGGCAUGGGUGAUAGUGCGUGACUUUAACACACGGGACCACAUUUGUCGCUUGAUAACAAGUGAAAAAAAAAAAAAAAUAAAAUAAAAAUUGUUAAAUAAUUGGGUGUUGAAGUGACAUAAAUAAAUAUAUAAAAAAUGCGUAAGAACUCGGAAAGAGAUGUAGUGAAAAUAGUAAAAUCGUGUAAUCCACCGCCGAACAUUGGCAAUGAAUGAAAAUAUAAAUAAAUAAUAUUAAUUAAUAAAUAUAAAAUAGAGAAGGACAAGUUUUAUUGAACAUUAUUUUACUAUUAUAAUAAUAUAAUAAUAGUAAUUGUGCUAACCCUUGGAUUCGGUGAAUCGAAUCGAGUCCCACGGUUGUUGCAACUCUGUAUACCUAGUACCCAGUACCUAGACCCUUAAAACCCAAUCUCGGCAAGUGCUUUAAUCGAUCAAUUGGAUUGCCGACAGGUUGGCAUACACAUACACAUAUAUAAUAUUACUUCUUGAGAGUGUGUUGUAAUAACAAUAAUAAUAAUAAAGAAAGAGGCAGUAAGGGUCUCAGUUGUUGAGGUGAAAUUUGAUAAGCCGAAAAGUGGUAUCCUGCUACAAUCUAGUGGGUGCUACUCGGACUUGUAAACAAUUACGAGGGCGGACAGUCUUCGCGUUGACUGGGCAGGGAGUAGAUGGCAGCUACCACGUACAUGCCGAUUAGUAGCGCAGUAUCGGCCGACCUGGACGGUGGUUCAGGUACAGCUCUCGGGAUGAAUAUUGCUGUAAGUGGGUACUCAUCGGGUUCGCCUCGCAGCGCUGCCGAUGCCGGAGAAAUGAAAUAUUUAUCGGCGGCGCAGCACCAUCAUCACCAUCACCACCAUCACCAAGUGUCGUCGUCGCCGUCGCCAAACGGAUUGUCGCAUCCGGCGAGCUUGUCAUCGGCAAAUCCAUGGGUCAGUUUGCAACCAGGAAACGACCCUUGGGCGGCAUCCAUGGGGAUGCACCAUACAACUCACCAUCCUCAUCACCAUCCGCACCAGGGUAACUCGAGUUUAGAUGUAAAACCUCUCACCGCCGCGGCGACGGCCACGGACUCCGUCCAGGGUAUGCAUCAUCGGGGUCCACAUCAGUCACCCGGCAUGGGAUCACCACACUCUUGGCACGCACCAGUUGUUCCGUCGGCUCAUUAUAAUCCGAGCGGUGGUGCAGCAUCACCGACUACCCUGCAGCAGUAUCAUGCUGCAAUGAAUGGAAUGCUUCAUCAGCACCCACAUCAGCAUCCACACCAGCUCCAUAACCACCAAACGGGACUGCCACAUCACCUGAGAGAGGCCCAUAAUCACAGUCCACCCUCGGGACAUCCACUUCAUCCGGGACAUCCGCUUGAUCGGGAUCACAGUGCCGGUGAAGAAGACACUCCCACGUCCGAUGACCUCGAGGCGUUUGCCAAGCAAUUCAAGCAGCGACGGAUCAAGCUCGGCUUCACUCAAGCAGACGUUGGUCUUGCGCUCGGUACACUAUACGGCAAUGUGUUUUCCCAAACAACGAUAUGCAGGUUCGAGGCAUUACAACUGAGCUUCAAGAACAUGUGCAAGCUAAAGCCUUUGCUUCAAAAGUGGCUGGAAGAGGCUGAUUCGACGACGGGCUCACCUACGAGUAUCGACAAGAUCGCGGCCCAGGGAAGAAAACGAAAAAAGCGCACGUCAAUUGAGGUGUCAGUAAAGGGUGCCCUCGAGCAGCACUUUCACAAACAGCCUAAGCCAUCAGCUCAGGAGAUAACUUCUCUGGCAGACAGUUUGCAGCUGGAAAAAGAAGUUGUGAGGGUGUGGUUCUGCAACCGUCGGCAAAAGGAAAAGAGGAUGACACCUCCAAACACGCUGGGCGACGGUAUGAUGGAGGGUAUGCCACCAGGACACCAAGGCCAGGGUGGUCUUCACCAGGGUUACCAUCCGCAGGAUCAUCUUCACGGCUCGCCGAUGGGUCACAGCCAUAGCCCACCAAUGUUGAGCCCUCAGGGUCUCACGGCACACUCGCUUGCGGCCCACUAGCGUUCGCCAGGGCCUCCCCCGCUGGGCCUCGCUAUAACCAGCUCGCAGUCGAACCCAACCAGCCCUGAAGGGUUACCACCCUUCUAUCAUCACUACCUCCAGGCGCGAACCACCGGAUAUGGUGCUUCGUAGCUGCAGUGGCAGCCGCAACAUCACUACCAGCCACAUCACCAUCAUCGUCAGUUGGUCCGCGGUAUGCAAGUGCCAACUGCUGCUGCUGCUAUUGACGACGACGAUGACAACGAUCAGCUGCCAUCGGAAGAGGAAUUUAUUGCGUUCGAUUAUGUGAGACGGAGCGAGGUCUCGUCGGAGCACCGGGGAGGCCGUCGGCCGUACGUCCAGCUCGAUCAAUUCGCGCUGCGACAAUACGAAUUACCGCGAGUUUAAUUUUUGUUAAUAAAAAAAUAAUAUAUAUGAACUCUUUUUAUUAAAUUCGCGGCAACGAAAUACUUAUAAUAAUUAAAUUUAAAACAUGAAUUAAAUAAAUAUAAAUCAAUGUACAUUGUGUCUCGCCGAAGAAGAGGACGUUUAUUAAUACAAUUAUUAAGUUAAGGACUGCCAGAAACUAAUGACAGUUUUAAGGACAAUCUAUUGUAACAAAUAAUAUAUAUAUAUAAAUAUAAUUAUUAUUAUUAUUAUUAAUAUUAUUAUUAUAAUUACGGACCUCACUCUUCGUCGUACCGACGUUGUUGUUAUUAAAUUGUUGUUUGUUUGUUCUGUGACGUGUGUCUCUCUCGACCAAGUGGCGUUCGCGUAGUGACUCGCCGUCGGGCAGUAACGCAUUGGUUACGUCAAGACACCCUAUUAUCAUCAUCAUAAACGUAGUAAUAACUUAAAUUUAAAAAGAGAAAAAAAUUUUUCACGGUUAAAUUGUAUUGCUAAAAAAAGUGUCGUAUUAAAUAUGUCCGUAAGCCCUUUGUUGUUCGUACUCAUAUCCGGGUGUGUUGUCCAAACCACUAAUAGUUUAUUAAAACUCAUUAAACAUCUCUCGCGCAGGGAUCACAUCAUCAAGAGACAAACCGACCGCACAACAUACAUUUUAAUAGUAAUAUAAAUAGUAAUGAUACAACAACAAUAACAACUACUACUACUACUACUACUACUACUACAACUACUUAAUACUACUGCUACCUUCUACUACUACUCACAUACAACCCAACCAGAAAAUAGAGAAGAACGAAAAAUGUAACUUCUUCUUCUUCUUCUUCUACUUCUUCUUCUUCAAGCGUUCCCGAGAACUGGCUCUCGUUCCAGUGAGAGUGAGUACUGCAUACUCAGAACAAAAAAAAAAUAUAAAUACCACCCACCCUACGACGGCAGUUGCUGCGCUUAUAUUUUUAUUUUUUUUUUAUUUUACAAAUUGCAAAGUAAAUUAUUUUUCCGCAAUUAAAACCGCGACGCGUUAUUUUUUAAACUAUAAUUUUUGUGAGGACACACACCGAGAUUAAAUUUUGAAAACGGUCAUAUAUAUAUUUGUAUUUAUCAUAGAUGUUAAAUUAGUUAAAUUGAUGGCUAUACGUGGUAAAAAGUUAAAAAAAAUUGAUCUAAGCGUAAACGCACCGAUGAGAGAGGGACGAACGCAUACAGGCAAACUUUACUAUUACCUAUACAUGUAGGUAUGUAUAUUUAUAUACAUAUGUGCAUGGAUAGGGGAGUGCUUUGCGACCGUGUGGAAUUUGUCGUGUGCAAAUCCACCGGGUGAUGUAACAUACGUAAAUAUGAACUGUAAAUAAUGUAACAGAUAAAUAUCGUAAGUUAAGUAUGUAAGCAUGCUGCGUCGCGCGUCACCGGCGUAAUUAUCCUACGGCCCACCCCCCGAUUUUUUAGAAAAAAAUUCAAAACUAAGCAUUAUUGAUGAGUAUAUAUAUGAUAAAUAUUUUGAAUGAGCGAAAAUUGUAUGUUAAAUUAAUAAUGAACCGGAAAAAUUAAAUUAUCAAUUUGUAUUUUUAUUUUUUGGAGUUAGAUAAUUUUUUAAUCCGCUAAAUUAUUUUUCUGAUAAGUUUUAUUAGUAAGUAUGGAGGUGAGAUUAAUUGGAAAAAUAAAAAAAAACAUUAAUGAGGAAAAAAUAGUACGUGUAAUAAAAGUCUAUUAAUUAAUAAUUUAUAUUAAUUUUAUGAGCGCAUUAAAAAAAGAAAAAAACAACGCAAAAAUUAUUGCCGCGUUUUAUUGUAAAAAAAAAAAUGAAUCAUUCCGAAUAUUAUUUUUAUUAAUUAUUUUUUUUGUUAAUUUGUUUAGUUAAUAAAUUAUUGUAAAACGCUUGUGGCCAGAUGUUAAACGAGUGUAAUUUUAUCAAUUUUAUUAAUUAAAAACUUCUUUUAUUUUAUUCAUUGAAACGGAUCGCAGAAAAAUAAAAAAGUAAUUUGGAAAAUGUAUAUAUAUAUUUAUACAUUUAUAUAUGGUUUUAAUUGUUUGGGGAUGGGCUGUCGCGAAGAUUUUUCAUUACAAAGGUAUUUAAUAAAUGUAAACAAGCAAACAGAAUUCGAUAAUGUGUGUUUAAAUAUAUAUAAUAAUACAAUAAUGGUAAUUAAUAAUAAACCCGGUAUAUAAACGCGCUCGCUGUGCAACUGGCCCCGAGAAUGAAACAAAGCGUAUUAUCAUCGUCAUAUAUAUAUAUAUAUAUAUAUUUAUUAUAUACUUUUGUGUAAUACUAGUAUUACUUGCAUUGUUCCUACAUAUUCUAAGUCUUGGGUUUUUUAUUAUUAUUAUUAUUAUUAUUUUAUUAUUAUUAUUAUUAUGAUUAUGGUUAUUAUUACUUCUAAUAUAUAUAUACAUAUAUUAUCUUCUAAUAUAUGCAUAUAUAUACGCUUGCAGUGGAUUUAUCUCAACAUAAGUAAAAUUUUGUUCUGAUGUUAAUACUAGGAUCUAAAAUACCCAAGUGACUAGGUCUUAAAGUGGCCGUAAGGUUUAUUUAAAUGUACGAAGUUUAAAAAAAAAAAAUUAAUACGUAUGCGAUUAGACCAUUUUUCGGAGAGAGAAAGAUUUUUUAACAAAAGAAUUUUUUUAAGCGAAUAUUGUUAAAUUAAAUUUAUUAAAGCAUGUAAAUCGCGUUGACGCGGUACUGUAAUAUUUAAAUUUAUCAAAAAAGAGCGGAUUUAUUUAUAAAAUAAAAAAGAUUAUUGAAAAUCCACUUUUUCAUUUCUCGAGGAUUGGUGACCACAUCGCAAUAAUUGCGCUUUCUGUAUCUUUUUUUAUUCUUUUUUAAGAUAAAUAUAUUUUGUAAUAUAUUUUUUAAGGUGUUUUUUUUUUUGUAUAAAAGUAGAUGUAAUAUUUUACGCAUGGUUUUUUUAUUUAAACGAGAAAAAAAUGAAUCGGAUUUUCUGGUGAUACAUAUGAUAUGUAAAUUAUUUUAAGCUAUUUUUAUUAUUAUACUUAUUAUCUUUAUUAUCACUAUUUUUUAUUAAUUAUAUAAUUAUUAUUAUUAUUAUAAAUAUUAUUAAUUUUAUUGUAAUUAAUCGAUUGUUGUCAUUGUUAUUACCCACCGAUUAUUAUUUUUCUCGUAAGCGCGUGUGUAAAAUUUGUUGAUUUUUAUUUUUAUUAAAAUAAAACCGACGGAGAGAGAGAUAAAAACAAAUGUUUUGAGAAAAUAUUUGGGUAUUACGUUGAUGAUAAAAUAAAAAAACUGUAAAAUUGUAAUGAAAGCGGAAUUAUUGCGAAGAUAACCGAUCGCUUGGUGCGUUGUUUAAUUAUUGCAUAUUUUGGUUUUUGUUAUUUUAAUAAAUAAAAUAAUUAAAUAGGUAAAUAAAUAAAUGAACGUGUGUACAGCAAAUUGAGAGUAAAGAGAAUUUAAAAUAAUAAAAAAUAUAAAAUUAUAUAACGUUAUGAUUGGAUGGGGAGUGAGGUUAAUUAUAAAGAUAAUAAUUUUUUAAAAUUAAUUAAUUAAUUAAUGAUAAAUAAUUAAACAGCGAAAAUAUAAAUUAGCCAAUAGAACCCGUAUUCUCUUUGUACAUAUUACCUGAAAUCCGUACACGAGUUAAGAAUUACUGUGAGAGACGAGUGCGACGUAUGCGAGUUGACGUAUGUGAGAUAUGUGCAAAAAAGACAGAAAAUGACAAAAGGUCACUUGCGAGAAAUCCAUUCCAAUUCCCCUGUAUAUUAUUAUUAUUAUAUAUUAUUAAAUAUUAUUAUUAUUAAUUAUUAAUUAUUAUUAACGUAAAAUAAUAUUAAAGAUGACAAAAUAAAAUCUGCAGGCGAGUGGUAACACGUUUUGUUAGAAUGGCAGAAAAUUACUACUGAAUUUUAAUUAAUAAACGAGAUGAAAGUAUACAAUAA